AUGGUCGUGAAGUCGACCUUGACGCGUACCCUGGCCCGCGGGGUCCGGUCGAGCCGACUCCUUCCAACCAAAGGAUGCCGAGUCUUUUCUCAGACACCACGGACUGGGACGGACGGUGUCUUUAGAGAGCUAACAGCUCAAAGAACUCAGAUACCCUGGAUCGAGGCUCUUCGUAAGCAGCAAGAGGGUACUCAAGAUGCUACGGCAUCAACAUCUCAACCGGCCACGCCUCAGGAUCGGGAUCUCUCGCCGAAAAGAAUGAAAGACAGCCACCACGCCGUGUUGCUCCCACUGGGACAAGACCCUUGGCUUCUUGACACCUACGCAAACGCCACUGGCCAGUUGCGCCUAGGAACACUGCUCAUGGACUUGGACGCUCUUGCUGGCGUUAUUGCCUACAAACACACCGGAGAGGAUGUCACCACCGUGACUGCGUCUUUCGACCGGAUUGUGAUCCAACAUCCCUUGACCGAGAUAUGUGACCUUGAGCUAUCCGGCAUGGUUACGUACGCCACUGGCCGAAGCAGCAUGGAGAUCAGUCUUCAGGUGGCCAAGGCGCCAAAGGAGGGUGAGCAGGCCAAACCUGAAGACAUUAUGAUCACUUGUCAGUGUACCAUGGUCUCUCUUGACCCAGCAACCAAGAAGCCGGCCAACAUCAAUCCUGUCCGGACAGACACCGAAGAGGAGAAGCGGCUCUUCCAGCAGGGAGAGAAGAAUAGCAAGCACCGCAAGGAGCUCUCACAGCGCUCGCUGCUCAAGCAAACUCCGGAUGAUGAGGAGAGCGAUCUCAUCCAUGCCAUAUGGCAGAGGCAGCUGCAGUACCAUGACCCCAACGAUCCGCUCCGGAAGCCUGACAAUGUCCAUUACAUGGAUGCCACGAAGCUGCAGACUGCCCAGAUCAUGAUGCCGCAGUAUCGCAACCGGCACAACUUUCAAGUGUUUGGUGGAUUCCUCUUAAAGCAGACUUUCGAGCUGGCCUUCUGCUGUGCCGCAAGCUUUGCCCACAGCAGGCCGACGUUUGUGUCGCUCGAUCCGAGCACCUUCCAGAACCCGGUCCCAGUCGGCAGUGUCUUGUAUCUCACGGCCACUGUGGUGUAUACCGAUCCACCGGUCGUGCGUGGUAGUUCAGAUGCGCAGAGCACGGAGGAAGCGCAGCAGACUCGUGUCCAGAUCCGGGUGGACAGCAAGGUCCGUAAUGUCGAGCACGGCGAGACCAAGCCUACUGGCCAGUUCAACUAUACCUUUGUUGUCGACAAGCAGAUGAAGGUCAUGCCGCGGUCUUAUACAGAGUACGUCAUGUACGUCGAUGCUCGCCGGAGGGCCAGGAGCGUGCUCGAGAGCCUAAGGCACGGCGAAGCGGACGCCGACCGCUACGGCCGCUGGGGAAACCCCGCCAUUUUCAGCAAAGCUCGGAAACUCACCGACGACGACAAGGGCGACGGCGACAUGAUGGCACCACCACGAAAGCGUACGAAGCUCCACCACUCAGCAACCCAAGUAGCCGCAGAGCCGCCCAAGAGCAGACUCAUGGGCCUACCCGCAGAACUACGCAACGAGAUCUACCGGUAUGCUCUGGUACGCAAGAACAAGUACCACAUCAAGCACGGUAAGCGACAGCCCAAAGAACCGGGUCUUUUGCUGGCCAACAAGCAGAUCCGCGAAGAAGCAGCAAGCAUUUACUAUCAAGAGAACACCUUCUAUUUCGUCGUGGUCGACAACAACGCCAGGCCAUAUCUCGAAUGGACUCGUGCUUCAGAGCUGCACCACGGAAGCAACUACCUGGUGCACAUUCGCCCUUCGACCAACUACAACAAUCUGAUCGAUUGGACUCGACGUUUCCACUACAACAUGACGGACGGCAAAGUACCAGGGCCCUUUCCAGACAGUCGCUCGGGGGUCAUUCAGAGAGAGGCAUUUGUUGUUGCGAAAGAGUUGAAACGGCUUGGUCUGUCAUGGUGCCAUAUCAAGUCGCAGUUGGAGCGCAUACAGCGGAUGUUGGUUGUGCUUGAUGGUGGGUACAUGUAA